AUGGGCGGCCCGCAGCCGCCUCGGCCGCCAACGCGACCCGGCAACCAUGGCAGCGCCGGGAGCGCGGGGCCCGCGCGGCGCCAGCUCCUCGCCCCCAGAAAGCGGCAGCAGCGGCUUGGAGCGUCCUCCCCCGGGACCAGGACGCUGCUCCGCGCCUCGCACCGUCUCCCCAGCCGCCCGCGCCAUCCCUCUGCUCGGACUCCGGUCGCGCCCUCUUCCUCCUCCACCGUCUGGAACCUGCGCGUAUUACCUGGUUCAUCCCUGAAGAGAUGGAAAAACUCAUGUCUGGAGCUUCGAUGGGGAGCAGGAGGAAGCGGGCGGGAAUCGGCCCAACGGAAAGCGCCUCGAGGCCGCGGAAGGGGGGAGCGGUCGGGCGGGAAGACCAGCGGUCAGCCGCAGAGGCUGCGAGGAGGGGCCGCGCCACCGAAGGUUCGCGGGGACUCGCUCGCUCGCUGGCACUGCCGCGCCGAAGCAGCAGGCGGGGAGACUGUGCAGCUCGGCUGUGAGCGACCGACCUCCACGCGCGUCCCGGAGACACUGCCGCCGCCGCCGCCCCGCUCGCGCCGCACCCCCUCGCACGUCACCACGUGCGCCGCCGCCGUCGCCGCCGCCGCCAAUGUCUCCCGGCAGCUUCCGGCCCGAAGCCGUCAGCGAAUCACAAGCGAGCACGAGAAAGCUCCCGCUCGCGGCCCCGCCCACCGCUCGCCUAGCUUCUCCUUCGCCGGCUUGGGUUCCUUCCUGCUCGGCUCAACUAGGUCAAGGCAAGAAAAUUAAGAGAAGCCCGUGAACUGAGUCAUCACGGCGGGGAUCAAGAUUCUUCAUGGAAAACAGCUUCUCAGUGAAAAGCCAUUCCUUGGAAAAGAAUCACCUCCAGCAGGAGAUGGCCUGAAUGAAGAUUGUGCUGCCAUGGAAGGGCUGGCUGAUGUCAGAAGCUGCCUUGUGCCCCUGCCAAAACCCUGGGAGCCAUCCUGACGCCUCUCUUUCUUCACACCCCAACACCCAAUCCACCAUGAAAUCCCGUUGGCCCCACCUGUAAAAUACUACCAGAAUCCAGCUGCUUCUCAUGCAGACGCCGUUGGCAGAGGGGUCUAAGCUGCAACAGCUGCCGCCUGGAUUCCUGCCAUCGCGCCACUACUUCUCUCCUGCUCCGGUGCUUCCGCCUCACUUUCAGUCCUCAACACAGGUGCCUGACGGAUUCUUUUAAGUUUUAAGCCAGACUGUGUCACAACUCCAUUCAAAUCCCUGCAAUGGGGGUGCCUGGGUGGCUCAGUGGGUUGAGCCUCUGCCUUCAGCUCAGGUCAUGAUCUCAGGGUCCUGGGAUCAGGCCCCAC